AUGGACCAGAUACGCACCCGGACCCUACUUCCAUUCGUCAUCAACUACAGGGUACUCAAGGCCAACUAUACCACUAUUAUCUUCAACAACACCGACAACCGGCUCCAUAUUAUACAUCCUAUCGAGUGUAGAUCGCAGCUAUCCUCAAACCAGGGGUCCACCACAUCACAACUUGACGACCCACAGGGAUCGAUACACGAGCGUCAGAAGAUUCAUUAUCAAUCACAGGAGCAUCCGCGGCAGCAACAGUCGCCAACACUACAAGAACAACAACAACAACAACAGCAACAGCAACAGCAACAGCAACAGCAACAGCAACAGCAACAGCAACAGCAUCAGCAACAGCGACAGCAACAGCAUCAGCAUCAGCAACAGCGACAGCAACAGUUACAACAACAGUUACAACAACAUAACCCAGAGGAUUCAGGUGCUCGUCAAGAAUUAGUAACGAGCACUGAAUUGGGAAGGCAACAAGCACAACUCGGCUCUUCUGGACAAAGUCCAAGGAGCCAGGGGCACGGGCAUGGCGGACCACAGUGGCAACACUCUUCCCGCGACGACAAUCAGACUCCGCAACAGUCUGGUCAUUCUCAGCCCAAACAACCUGCACCUGUGUUUCUCUCAACAUCACAGAGAACACGGGAGGCACCAGAGAAGAAUCCUAAAAGAUCAGCUUCCUUUUCCUCAUCCAUUGCGCAAGACACGCGUGCCGGAGCAAGGACCAAUGGUGCCCGCUCUCUAGUCAAGAGGUCAUCCAUCCCCCUUGCUAUUGAAACACACAGACGAUUAUCAAUGCCAGCAGGAGCAUUCGGUAAUCAACAAACAGCAGUCAUCGAGGUGGCCGAACAGUCCGUGCAUGGGAGCCAUCAGCACAUUCACCAUGCAGGAAUGCAACCCGGUCACCGGCCAUCACAGACAGCCAACGACACAGGGUCCCAGCCCACAACUCGAUCCCUUCACGGCGACAGAGAUGGUGGAAUUGAAGGCGUGUACCAACAAAGCAACGACGACAGUAUGACGACGGAUGUGGAAGAAAGGGACGAUUGUAUUCAGAGCUACAGCCGCUACCAUGAACGAGGACAACGAACGGGCCUCAUGAGGAAGGAGCGCGACGAGGAGGACAGGGCGAUGGAGGGUACUCAGGAUGCUUCCUCUCGUCAACGCGAGGCUACUCAAAUACCAACGGAUCGCCCGCUCUCCAGAGCCGGUGAGAAAGUUUGGGAGAGGAAGGUCAGUCUUGGGUCGUUAGGCCAAGUAUCAGAGCCGACCGCCAAGAUUUUGAGAAGUUUGUCCGUUGACAUGGAGUUGCUGUACAUGGACUUACCGCGCAUGGGAAGACGAACCAACCGAAGGUCGGUGCCAUUAAGCAGAGAACCUGGAACAGUCGCUGGAGAAGUAGUCGAUUUAAGGGGACAACAGCUCCUUCCGGAUGGCCAGGAGAGGGAUCAGGACGAAUCGAUCCAAGGUAGCGGGACAAACCUGGACGAUAGUCUGCAGAGUCAGAGUAGAGAAGCUGAGACAGAUUCAUCCUCCACAAGAGAAGCGUCAUCGUCCCUCUCUGUGGUUGCCGAUACUGCAGCAAGGCUCGGCGGAAUGGCCAUGGCGACUUCAUCUCCCAUUGGACCUUUGACAACCUCGGACUUGAGCUUUGGAGAGUCUACUUCGGCUGACAGGGAUGUGACCCAGAGAGAUCUGCGACGACUUCUAACAGGAACAAAUGGUGCUUCACUCAUCUUGGGCCAAGCAGGAUACUAUACGACGCGCGAUAUCGAAGCGCUGUUUGCCCACUGGGAAGAGAAGUACCUUUCGUCGUGGGAAGCAGGAGAUGCCAACAGUCUGCGACCAGAAAUUGGAAAAGGCUCCAAAGGCAAGGGCAGGAAGCUGGACGAGUCUCGCGAUAUUUGGAAGAGGAAAGACUCGAGAUCAAGCCUCUAUGACGAGUCCAACAAGGCAGCAGGAUUCGAGGAGGAGGAUGAGAGUGACGAUGAUGACGAUGAUGACGAUGAUGACGAUGAUGACGAUGAUGACGAUGAUGACGAUGAUGAUGACGAUGACGAGGAUGAAACGGAGAGUGACCAGGAUGAGGUUGACGGGAACAAACGCGGAGCCGAGGGCGCAUCGGGCUCUUCCAAGAGGAAGAGGCGUUUGUCGAGUAGGCGCGUUAGCAAAGGCAGAGGCAAGGCCAAGGACAAUUUGGAGUCCGGUGGCAGGAAGCAGAAGAAGUUGAAGUCGGCCGAGGAAACGAAGAGACACCCCUGUAAAGAAUGUGGGAAGCGGUUCUCGCGACCCAGCCAGCGGGAUACACACUAUCUCACACACACUGGCGAAAGACCUCAUAAGUGUGUUUCAUGCGACGCGUCCUUCAACGUCGCCAGUAACUUGAAGAGACACGCCGUGAAAGUCCAUGCUCCCGACAGAGUGCCUCCAGGCGGAAACGACGUGGAGCAGCCAUCGUCGAGCUCGUCAGUGCAAGGCAUUGUACUGUUGAGUCCGGCUUCUUUGUUCAUGUCCGCCCCAUUACAUGAACCACAACAGCCACAGGAGAUACACCAACACGAACAGCAACAGCAGCAACAACAACCGGUUGAACAACAAAAUCAGCCUUCGCAAACACAACCCUCCGGAGAUCCACAAACAGUGGAGCUUUCGUCCGACAAUUUACAGCAGACGAGUCAUCCACAAUCAGCGCUUGAAAAACAACACCAUACACAGCAACAGCAACAGCAAGUGUACCAACUUCUCCUUUGCGCCGUCACAGCACUCACCCCGCCGCCGCCACCAACUCAACCAACUGCGUCGUCACCGUCUGGAUCAGAAGGGCAGCAGCAGCAGGAAGCGCUUGUCAGUUUGAGAUUGUCACCUCCAACAGCAACAGCAACACACAGAGACGAAUCUGUGUCUUCCGCCAAAGAAGUUCACGACGACGGUUCGCCUCGUCCCUCCUAUCAUCUUGCCUGUCUCGCUGCCAUUAACAAGCCCGAUCCACUUGACGACCUCUACCUCGUCGUUUGGUCGCGCUCGCGUUAA